AGGUAGCGGGCGGAGGAGGUGGGCAGAGGCCGACAGGAGGUCAGCGGAGGCCGAGGGGAGGUUGGCGCGCACAGCGGGAUGUGCAGCGGGACGUUGGGAGGAGGCGGACGCGAUGUGAGCGGAGGGCAAGGGGAGAUGGGAGAUCCCAAUGGUGGAAGGGAGGGUUGGCGCGCACAGCGGUAUGUGCAGCGGGAUGGCGGGAGGAGGCGGACGCGAGGUGGGGAGGUGGGCAUAGGCGGACAGGAGGUCAGCGCAGGCCGAGGGGAGGUUGGCGCGCAGAGCGGGAUGUGCAGCGGGAUGUUGGGAGGAGGCGGGCGCAAGGUGGGCGGAGGGCAAAGAGAGAUGGAGAUCCCAAUGGCGGAAGGGAGGGUUGGCGCGCACAGCGGGAUGUGCAGCGGGAUGGCGGGAGGAGGCGGAUGCGACGUGGGGGGAAGGCAAGGGGAGAUGGGAGAUCCCAAUGGCGGAAGGGAGCGGGAUGGCGGAUGUGCGGGCAGAGGAACGGAGCCCAAAGCGGAGGUGAGCGGAGGCGGAGGAGAAGUGGCGGAGGCCGAGCGGAAAGAGAGAGAGGACAUGGCCAGAGGAUGCGGAUGGGAGGUGGGCGGAGGCGGAGGCGAGAUUGGCGAUCCCAAUGGCGGGAGGGAGGUGGGCAGAGGCGGACAGAAGGUCGGCGCUGGCCGAGGGGAGAGGGAUGGCGGAUGUGCGGGCAGCGGAACGGAGGCGGAGAGGAGAUGGCGGGAGGCGUACGGGAGGUGGCAGAGGUGGAGAGGAGAUGGCGGGAGGAGGCGGACGGGAGGUGGCGGAGGUGGAGAGGAGAUGGCGGGAGGAGCCGGGCGGGAGGAGGUGGACGGGAGGUGGCAGAGGCGGAGAGGAGAUGGUGGGAGGAGAUAACCGGAGGAGGCGGACGAGACGUGGCGGCGGCGGAGGAGAGGAGAUGGCGGGGGGAGGCCGACGGAGGUGGGCGGAGACGGAUGGGAGGUGGUCCGAGGUGGGCGAACGUGGGUGGAGGCCGAGCGGAGGUGGGCGGGGGCCGAGCGGAGGUGGGUGGAGGCCGAACGGAGGUGGGCGGAGGCCGAGGCCAGAGGCGA